GUCUAUGAGAAGAUCUUUGUCAGCAGGAGAACUUUCUCUCUCCCUCUCUCUCUUUCUCUCUCUGUUCAGUUGUUGGUUUCACUCUCUCUCUCUGUCUGUGUGUCUCGUCAUGAUGAUGAUGAUGAAGUUCAGGAUCUCCGCGCUGAGAGCAGCUGCAGCUAAACUCUCACCUGUUACACCUGCUGCACAGGUGAGUUCAGCUCCACUUUCCUCAGUUUAAACGAACAAAAACACACCGAACCAACUCAACCUUUACGAACCAGACCCAGGAUUAUAACCGAGUCUAACCUCUGCAGCAGAACCGAACCUCCAACUCACACCUGAGCAGCACCUGUGAUCCUAAGAGUGUGAGUUUACCGUGUUUUAGUGAAGUUAGUCCGCUCUGUGUGAAGUGGGUUUGAUAGUGUAGUUGUGUGUGUGUUUUUGUGUAGUUUGUGUGUAUUUAAUCUGGUUAGUGUUAGUUGAUCUUUGGACCGAGCAGAGAAAAGGUCAGGAUGUGAAGUUUAAAAUUAACCUACACUCUCUCUCUCUCUCUCUCUCUCUCUCUCUCUCUCUCUCUCUCUCUCUCUCUCUCUCUCUCUCUCUCUCUCUCUCUCUCUCUCUCUCUCUCUCCCUCUGUGUGUGUGGUAAUAACUGAGCAUGUGUUUAAACUCUCAUACUAAACCAUCACUGACCUUUCAAACAGCUGACCUUGUCCACAGAGGACACCUGAGGCUCCUCUCUACACUCUGAUCGUCUGUGUUCAUUCUCUCUGAAAACACAAUCACAUGUCUGCAGUCACGUAUUCAUCCCCUUUAAUAAUUAACGUCAACACUAGAGGGCAGCACAGACCUGAGAAUCCUCCACAGAGACAAACCCAAACAGUCUGCUCCUGAAAAUCAUUUAUUGAUUUCACAGAUCAAUAUUCCAUCAAUACUUUACAUACACUACAGGUCAAAAGUUUGGAAGCGCGGCCGUUACAGGCCGAUCAGUUGGGAGUAACUUCAAGUUUUUGUUUAAAUCAAGUCUUUUUUUAACUCCAGCAUGAGUUUGAUGUAUUUUAGGAUGUAUUUACUCCAUGAUCAGAUGUUGCUUUCAUGGAGAUGCACCAUUUUACUCCAUUUACCUUUAGAUAUACAUUGAUGUUAACAGACCAUUAGUUAGUUAGUAACCUUUAUUUAACCAGGAAAUAAACCCAUUGAGAUUCAGAAUCUCUAAGUCCUGGUCAGGAUAGCAGCAGAAGAAGUUCCACAUAAAGAAAAGAAGAACACACACAGAGACACAAAACAGUUACAGUAUGCAAAACACAACAAUAAAUCAGCGUUCAGUAAGAAGAUGUGCAUUCAGUACUCAGAAACUCCUUAAUUCUAGUUUUAAAAUGUGUCACACUUGGCAGAUAAUCCAAUUUAAAAUAACUCUGUAAAUUACACCAGGAGGAGGGGGCAAAAGCCUUGAAAGAGCUUUCGCCAAAAACCGUCCUUGUCAGAGGGAUAGCGAACAUGAUCUGUCCAUCAGACCGGAGAUUACUCCUGUUGGUGAUUUUGGGAGUUAAGAGGGAACAUAGGUAAGAGAGCAAGUCACCUAGAAUGGCCUUGUAAAGAAAGAUAUACCAGUGUUCCAAUCUACGAUUGCUAAAUAUAUGUCAGCUAAAGAUAAUAAGGGCUUAGUUUUAGGGUCGAAAACAUUUGCAAGAGUCACAACUCUUGAAAACAACAAAUCACAGUUGGAUUAUUCACUUCAACUUUUUGUCUUUUGAGAGUCUGCAGACAAAAAUCCUAAUAAAUCUAAACUGUGUUCAAACUACCACAAAAAUGACUAAAAAGAAGCAACUGAGUAAAGAAACAAAAGUUCAGAUUUGUACAUCGAGGAAAGAAGGAAACACAGAAAGAGAAAAACACCUAAAGGUGUUUAACAAAGGAGUCCACUACACUCUGAAGAGACAAGAGGAACCUGGAAGUUCUGAUGAUAGAAAAAGACCUGGACGAAAGAGAGUUACUACAAAAGCAGAGGAUAAACAGAGCAUUGUCACCAGGAAGAGAGAUCGGAGAAAGACAGCACCACAAAUAAGGGAGGAAAUCAACAUGACAAGGUCCAAACCCAUAUCUGUGACAACCGUGAGGUUUGAGAAAGGCUGGUCUGAAGGGUUGAGUAUCUGCAAAAAAACACGACUUCAUCCACAGAAGAAGAAAAAGAGAUAUGAGUGGACAGAAGCUCACAAAAACUGGACUGAUGAUGAUAGAAACAAGUUUGAACUGUUUGGUUCCAAACUCAGAGUCUAUGUCUGCAGACAAACUGGUGAACGUCUGAAAGCUCCAUGUGUUACACCCACAAUUCAGCAUGGAGGUGGUAGUUCAUGGUAUGGGGAUGUUUAUCAGGUGAUGGAGGAGGAGAUUUGUUUGAAGUAAAGGGGAUCAUGAAGAAGGAACUAAGGCUGCACGAUAUUGGAAAAAAAUAAUAUUGCGAUUUUUUUCAACCCUGCGAUAUAUAUUGCGAUAUUAAAAAUACAGGAAUUUUCACCAGA